UUUUUGUUUUUGCCUCUUAAAUGAGAAAAAAAUCAGCUUUUCUUGCCAAGUGUAGGGAGGCUGAAGCUAAGAACCCCGGAGCAUGUGUGGGUACUGGCAAACGUGCAGUUAAAUCCAGAGUUCAGAUGAAGUCUCUGGAAGCAAAGAAGCCAAGUGAGAGGAAAAGUUUGCAGAGGAAAGUGAAGGCCUUGUCUGCAGCAGGAAAGAAGGAAAGUGCAAAGCAUGGGAACAGCACAGUACCUGGAGGGGAAGCAGGAGGGCCAACACAAGCCAUGGACUCUGUAACAGCCCUGCCUGUCUCAGCUGAGAGCACUUCUGCCAUUACUGCCGGGGAAUUUGGUCAGGACACUGGGGAAGGAAACAGUAGCUUGGCCAUUGUUUUAGCCAUGGAGGCAGCCAUAAUGGAGGAGGCAGCAUGUCUGAGCAUUGGGGAGGCCUUGGAGAACAAGCCCAGCAGUGAUUCCAGCAGCAGACCAGCAAAGGGAGCCCAUGAGCCAGAAAGUGCCACAGAGGGAUUGUGCUGCAUAACCAAUAUGGCUGCUGGAAAGGCUGGAGGGCCAGCAGAGCUGGAGGAGGACUGCAAACUACUGGCAGAAUCUAUUGCUGAGGAAACCCUGAGGGGGAAUGAAUGUGCUGUACCUGCAGACAAGGCAAGGAGAGAGGUUCCUGUUUCUACCCUGGCAACCUCGCCAGUGCUUCAGGUGCGGCUCCAAACGCCAUCUGGCCAGUGACUGUGAGAACAAGGUGUGUGCGCUGUGUGGGGUCCAGGGCCACAUCAGUAAAGAGUGCAGCAAGAUCCAAUGUAACCUGUGCGGUAAUUUGUUUUAAUCUAAUAAACAAAA